CCUGGGCUCUUUGUUCUGUCCUCCAGAUGGCUGAGCGACCGAGUCCCAAGGCCUGAAGUUUGAUGGGCGCCCCCGUCCCGCCCCCGCCUGGUUCUGUGGCCCAGAUGGGGGAUCCCCGGACUGGGGGCCCCCUGGAUGAUGGCGGGGGCUGGACAGGUAGUGAGGAAGGCAGCGAGGAGGGCACGGGAGGCAGCGAGGGCGUUGGAGGUGACGGGAGCCCUGAUGCAGAAGGCGUGUGGAGUCCGGACAUUGAGCAGAGCUUUCAGGAGGCCCUGGCCAUCUACCCUCCCUGUGGCCGGCGCAAGAUCAUCCUGUCAGAUGAGGGCAAGAUGUACGGCCGGAACGAACUCAUUGCCCGUUACAUCAAGCUGAGGACAGGGAAGACGAGAACGCGAAAGCAGGUCUCCAGUCACAUCCAGGUUUUGGCUCGAAGGAAAUCGAGAGAGAUUCAGUCUAAGCUGAAGGACCAAGUCUCCAAGGACAAGGCCUUCCAGACGAUGGCCACCAUGUCUUCAGCACAGCUCGUCUCUGCACCUUCCCUCCAGGCCAGGCUGGGUCCUGGCCCUCAGGCCACCGAGCUUUUCCAGUUCUGGUCAGGGAGCUCUGGGCCACCGUGGAAUGUUCCAGAUGUGAAGCCCUUCUCACAGGCACCGCUCUCCGCGUCACUGACGCCCCCGGCCUCUGACCUACCAGGGUACGAGCCACCCCCAGCCCUCUCACCCCUGCCCCCAGCUCCGUCUCCCCCAGCCUGGCAGGCCCGGGCCCUGGGCACUGCGCGCCUGCAGCUGGUAGAGUUCUCAGCGUUUGUGGAACCGCCAGACGCAGUUGACUCGUUCCAGAGGCAUCUGUUUGUCCAUAUCAGCCAGCAGUGUCCCAGCCCUGGAGCACCACCCCUGGAGAGCGUGGACGUGCGGCAGAUCUACGACAAAUUCCCUGAGAAGAAGGGCGGCCUCCGGGAGUUGUAUGACCGAGGGCCACCCCAUGCCUUCUUCCUGGUCAAGUUCUGGGCGGACCUGAACUGGGGCCCCAGUGCUGAGGAGGCAGGGAGCAGUGGAGGUGGCGGUGCCUUCUACGGAGUGAGCAGCCAGUACGAGAGUCGGGAGCUCAUGACGCUGACCUGUUCCUCCAAGGUCUGCUCCUUUGGCAAGCAAGUGGUGGAGAAGGUAGAGACGGAGCGGGCCCAGCGGGAGGACGGACGCUUUGUGUACCGCCUGCUGCGCUCUCCCAUGUGUGAGUACCUGGUGAACUUCCUGCACAAGCUCCGGCAGCUGCCUGAACGCUACAUGAUGAACAGUGUCCUGGAGAACUUCACCAUCCUCCAGGUCGUGACAAACAGGGACACUCAGGAACUGCUGCUGUGUACUGCCUACGUCUUUGAAGUCUCCACCACUGACCGCGGGGCCCAGCACCACAUCUACCGCCUGGUCAAGGACUGAUGGAGCCCCGUUGCUGGUUUUAUUUUUUUUUUCCCUUUUUCCCCAGAACAUCCCCUUCCUAGGAAGGAGCCUUUUGCUCUCCCUGUAAGAGAGAUUUGGAGAGGGGCCGUGAUUUUUAAAAAGGCCUAAUCUCAGAAGCAUGAGCCAUUGGGGGGCUGGCUUCUCCUAGAAAGGAGCCCGAAGUUUGGUUAGUGGGCUAAGUGAGCUGGGUUUGAGUUUAGAUCCCCAACACGCGGACCUCACAUGUGACAGGACACACCACUCCAGAGCAGCAGGGCUUGAGGACGGGAGUGCUCACAGGAACAGCACUGGCCACAGGGCUCUCCUUGCUCUUCUGGAAGGGGGGCUGGGCCCUGUGGGACAUACCACUUGUUGCCCUGUAACCUUCCUGUUUCCUGUUGUCUCAUGUCUGCCUCUUCCCCCGCACCCUUUCUCUGCGAUCUGUAAUGUCACAGAUAGAAGAUAAUGGUUUCCCAGCUUAGGGUUGGGUGAAGUGGGACCUGAAAGUUUUUUUUUAAUAUAAGGAGAUAUUUAUACACAGUGUUAGGGAUGUAAUCUUCUCUCAGCUAGGCAGUGGGGUGGGACUUCUUGAUCUCUCCCCCCACCGCAUUUAAGUGAGCCGUGGACAACCCUGCCACCUUCCUUCCCCAAGAGUGAUGGUUUAUGUUUGAAGGAGAAUAAAGCUAUUUUUACCAUAAAAAAAAAAAA